AAAAGCUCUUCUGAAUAAAAACGUCUUGACCUGAGAUUUAAAACACUUAAUAGAAGUAAAUUCAUGUUCUAAGUAGAUUUACGUGUUCUUUGAGUGGUUUAUUCUUACAUCUUCCAUGGUUUUACUGUGGUUAAUUUGUAUAUCUGUGAAAGUCAUGUAAAGACGUGUAUUCACAUAUGAACAAUUUUCACCUGUGUAAUAUGCACAAAAUGUAUGUAGUGGCUGUGUGACACGGUCUGCAGCUGUGUCAUACGAACAAAUUCAUGGUGCUUUUCUUUAAAUAAAUUAUGGAAUAUUUUUUUAACACAGUGUUGUUUGGUUUGUCAACAGGAUAUUUUUUAUUUAAAAAACAAACAAAGCUGAAAUGUGCCUAAGCCAGUAAGUAUGAUUAAGAAAAUAAACUACGAUGAUGAUGAUGAUGAUGAUGAUGAUGGAUUAAACGAUCAAAGAAACAAAUCUGCCUAUUUCAGGUUGAACUGAGUUGUAUGUGCAUCAUUGAGCUGUGGAACAACAACACUGAUGAGUGAACAUCUACCAUGACACAGUUCUCAUUAGAUCUCAUUGUUGUUUUGGUGCAGAGCUGCUGUUUGAGGCUUUGUGUGGUGCGCUGCCAACUAGCGGUUAACUGUAUAUGAGAACUGGAUUGAGUGACCCCUCUCCCUGUUGUUCCAAACAGGAAGUGGCUCCAAGACGCCUAAAUCCCAUAAAAUAUUGCAAUGUUUCAAAGAAUUGAUAUUUUUCUUAUAUCCGCAGAUAGGAUGUCUGUGAUGAUGACCAAAGGUGAAGGGGUCACAAUGAUCACCCUGAACUCCGACCCCAGCAGUUCCUGCCCCCCCAUCUGCCAGAUCCUCAAAGGUCUUUGCUACAGCCCGGCGUUGUGCUCUGUGUCUCAGCCGCUGAAGAAGAAAGCGUCUCUGUCCAUCCUUGGGGCUAUGCAGAUUAUGAUCGGACUCCUUAACAUCGGCACUGGAUCAAUCUUCUACAGGAGUGAAUUCUCCACUGUGUGGUAUCUAAACUCAACAAAGUUUCCUUUUUGGUCAGGAACUUUGUUCAUUGCAUUUGGCCUUCUGUGCAUUUUAUCGGAGAGGUUUCCAAGUCGGUGUUUGGUGGUCCUUAACGUCAUCAUGAGCGUAGCAGGAGUUGCUUUUUCCAUCACAGCCAUCGUUCUCUACAGCAUCCAGAUAGCAAACUACAGACCGCGGGGCUGCAACUUUUGGUACUAUGGCUACGAGACCCCGACCCAGGAGAUGAAAACACUGCUGCAGAAGAAGUGGAACGAGAUCCAACAGCUGACGCUGGUCCUCCUGAGGGGCUUGAACGGGGUGCUGAUCGUGUUGUCGGUCCUGGAGCUCUGUGUGGUCAUCAGCGUCACCAUCCUGGGGAUCAAAGCUCUGAGGAGCAACAGACAAAACAAGCAGGUUUCUGCUCCUUUACAGAUUUGAGAAGGAACAGAACAUGACCAGCCUGAUCUCUGCUGUUCAAUCUGAUUAAAUGUGUUGGAGAGAAAUAUGAAGUCAGAUGCAAACGCCUGUCACUGCAGUUUAAAAA